AACAACAUACAAGAUUGUCCGCGGACCAUGGAAGUAAUCGGUUAAAAUUUGAUUUAAUAAGUAAUUUGGUGACGGAUAUCGAUUAUGACUGAAAUAAACUCAUCGAGUUCCAACAUUUGCCGGAUCUGUAUGGAAAACAGCACCGAUGUGAUUUCGGUAUUCACGCAGUUUGAGAAUGUUUUCAUCGCUAACAUCAUCCUGGAGUGCACCACUGUAAAGGUCACUGAAAAUGAUGGUCUUCCCGAACACAUUUGCAAGGCGUGCAUGAUGGAACUGAAACAAAUUGUUAGAUUUAUUAGGAAAGCCAGAAACUCGGAUCGAUCGCUACGAAAGUUAUUCAGAAGCGAAAUUAAACAGGAAGCUGAGAGCGAUGUAAAAUUGAAUGAUAACCAUUUCGAAUCUGCUGCGGGAAGUGAAACAACCAAUAAAUCGGAGGUAUACGUUGAAGAACCAACAUCUUUAUCGGUAAACAAUAGCGAUUUUGAGCAUGAUGAGACAAAUGGUCAGCAUUUGGAAGGAAAUGACAUUCUAGCUAUUGAUAUCGAAGAUACGGCAAGCAACGAUGAACAUUCGGACGAGGUAGAAAUUGAAACAUAUCAAAUUGUUUAUAUCGAUAAAGAACAGCUUCUAUGCUGCUCAUGUUUGAUCCAGUUUGACGACAUGAAAGUAUUGAAAACACAUGCCAAAGAAGCUCAUACGAUUAAUCAACAGAAUUCAAAUAAAAAGUUUUCAUGCCAACAUUGCAAUCGAAGGUACUCUUCGGACACUGCUAUUCGAGCGCAUAGGCGAAGGAUGGAAAAGGUGACCAAGGUUUAUCAGUGUAGAAAGUGUGGUGUUAGAGUGUUGGAUCAGCAUCGACGACUUCAGCAUGCUCGAACUCAUUUCAAAAAGUGUCCCCUGAAACCGGAGAAAAACCCACCAACCCUGGAGGAACUGAUGGAAAAGCAUGGUAGAUUGUGCUGUGCCCUAGGUUGCAUGGAAUUUUUCGAAACUGACGAGCAACUGCAAGCUCAUGCUCACUCCGUACACAAAGCGAACAAAGUGGAAGCUACACUGGCGUACAACGAAGGGAAACCAAUUGAGUGUCUUGUCUGUUUUAAGCGAUUUAAAGAUGAUGAAUGCUUGAAAAGGCAUCUGAGGUUCAAGUACAUGCCUUCGAAAAAUAUUUGUACUCUGUGUGGGGCAAAGUUUCCCAGCUUGUCUUCGUUGACGAUUCACGAGCGUAGUCAUACCAAGGAGAAACCGUUCCAGUGUGGGAUUUGUUCCAAGGGAUUUGGUGACAAGCAAAGUCUUAAAAGGCAUCAGGUAAAACAUACCAACGAAAAACCGUUUAUGUGUUCCGUCUGCGGUGUGUCCUUCAAACGGAAACGAGCGAUGCAGUCGCACAUGAUCAUUCAUGAGCCCGGACAGCUCCCGUUCAAGUGUGAAAUGUGUGAGAAACGUUUCCGUGUCAAAGCCAAGAUGCUAUAUCACAUGCGGACGCACACCGGAGAACGGCCUUACCCUUGUAGGCACUGUGACAAAUCAUUUGCAGAUUUUUCGAACCGCAUGAGACAUGAACUGUCUCACACGGGUGAGAAACCAUACAAAUGCGUGCAUUGCAGUGCAGGAUUCAUCACAAGGCGCUUUAUGUUGGAGCACGAAAAAAUACACAAACGAAACCAAAUGAAGCAACUGGAAACGCGAUAGACUAGAUGCUCGAGAGCUUAAUAAAAUCGUACUUA